CGAAGGAAUCAACAGCCGCCAUCUUGUUGUGGCUCGGAAUUGGGAUUUCGGUCCAACACUGGGUUUUACGUUCAAAUUGAGCAUCCUUGCCGCUAUAUGACGGCGUCCCUCCCCCGAAAACGCAGUCUUAACAUCGACUCGGAGGCAUUUUGUGCUUAAAAACGGGAAUUGGCUCGGUGGUCGUCGGACAGAAACGCUCGGUAUAUCUGAUUUCCCCUUCAAGUGCGGCGAUUCAGCCCUGUCGCCGUUCGGGAGCAGUAUUGUUUACCGUCCGCAGGUUGGGAUCGGGCUGUGACUUUUGAAGGGAAUUGCAAAAUCUCGUUUUUAUGCAAUUGCUCAUUUUUUUGUGGAGCUGCGCGCAAUUUUUGCAUGAAGAAAUUUGACGUCACACUAAAUGAGUACUUUGAACAUCUAAAAUUUACGACCUUUUCAUCGGAAUGCAGCUCUUCACCUGAUUUCAUUGGAUUGACGUCUUGGAAUUUGAUCUUUACAUGGGAAAGCUUUUAAUUUUUGUUAUUUAAUGCUAAUAAUGUGGGUGUUGGGUGUUGGAUUAUCAUGGGGUGAAUGGCGGUGGCGGAGCGGGGCGCUAUUGCAUCUCUUUUGAAGACACCGACUCGCACAGCACGGAGUAGCUAAAGGCUAGCUGUUAACUUAGCUGAUAGCAGGCGUUUAGCGACCUAUCAGUCAGUUAGCUAACGUUAGCAGGCUGUCAACUUGCUAAUGUGCUAGCCGGGAAGCUUCGGAUUGAUACACCAAGUUCCAUGUCAAACUAUAAUUACGGUUAUCAUCUAAACUGACCAGUUGGAGAAGAUAACUAUGGCUGAAAACCUCCUGGAUGUCGGACCUCCGAGCUCGAAGCGGCCCAAACUGAAUUCACCUGCCCUGUCAGCGUCUGAUGGACCAGAUCUUGGGUCACUGUCUUGGGAUGAUUUGGAAAACGACCUUCCAGAUGAGUUGAUACCCAAUGGUCGAGAUCUGAGCCUGAUGGGUGGAAUGUCCACAAAUGGAGGAACAACACCUGUAGGUGGGCCUGGUGGUGGCACUGUGGUCCCAGAUGCUGCUGCAAAUCACAAGCAGCUCUCAGAGCUCCUUCGAGCCAGUAGCACCUCUACGAUCACAGGCGCAGGGCUGAGCUCUGGUAGCCCACAACCAGGAAGUAUGGGCACUCAGCUUGGCACACCAUUGGGAAAGAGCCCCCUUGGUCAGGCAUCCCCCAACAACCACUCAUCACCCCAAGCCCAAAAAGCAGGAACACCAACUGGAGUAGCAGGGCCGAACAACAACAAUGCUGUGACCAUGAGUCUGAACAACCCAGGCUUCAAUCAGGCCUUGAUGAAUAAUAGCCAGGGUCAUUCCGGGCUACUGGCUCAGGGUGGGCAGUCCCAACCUGGGCAAGUCAUGAACGGGGGACUUGGAUCUGGCGCUGGAAGAGGACGAGGAUCAGGGGUGGUUGGUCUACAGUACCAGGGACAGACGUUGCAAGGGGCUGCAUCAGGAUCAGUAGGGGCUGGCAGUGCUUUGGCGGAUACGCUUACCCAAGGAGGACAGCAGAUGAGUGCACAUGCUACGCUUAGUGCAGCACAGCAACCAAGCAACAUGAACAAGAUGGGCCUGGGUAGCAAUGGGGGUCCAUUUGUGACUCAGUCCUAUGGACAGGGAGCGGCAGGGCCUGGCCAGCAGCUAAACCCGCAGCAGCAGCUCCAGAACAAGGCCACCCUUGCCAACAGUCUACCACCUUUCCCCAAUGAACUCAAGGGGGCAGCUGUCACCAGUGUGCCAAACAUGCAGCAGCCCCAGCAACAGGCAGCCAUGCUGUCUGCUGCCAGUGGUGGAGGUAUGGCAGUGCCUUCAGCCGGCCCGACAGCUGACCCUGAGAAGCGCAAGCUGAUCCAGCAGCAGCUGGUCCUGCUGCUCCAUGCGCACAAGUGCCAGCGACGAGAGCAGGCCAAUGGAGAGGUGCGAGCCUGUGACCUACCCCACUGCCGCACCAUGAAGAACGUCCUCAACCAUAUGACCCACUGUCAAGCCGGGAAGUCAUGCCAGGUGGCUCACUGUGCAUCAUCCAGACAGAUCAUCUCCCACUGGAAAAACUGCACACGGCACGACUGUCCGGUCUGCCUGCCAUUGAAGAAUGCCAGUGACAAGCGCACACAGCAGCCCAUGAGUUCCCCCAAUGCCGGUCUCCAGAACCCCAUGUCUGCAGUUGGUGUGGGCCAGUCCAGUGCUUCUUCUAUCAAUACCUCAACCCCUAUAGACCCAAGCUCUAUGCAGAGAGCCUACGCAGCACUUGGGCUGCCUUAUGGUAGCCAAGCCACCGGGCAUGCCCAGCCCCAGCAGGCCCCGGGUUCGGGGCCGCCUACGGGUGCACAGAAUGCUCAGGCCCAGCAACAGCUUCCGCAGCAAAUGAGAACCAUCAAUACACUUGGUAAUCAGAAGUCCCUUGCAGGUGCCACAAUGGGUGUGACCACUUCAGAACAGACCAACUUACACACAGACUCUCUUCCCAACGCACUCAACACUAACAAUCAGCUAUUGUCAGAUGGAUCAGCUGUGGGCUCAAUGGGCAAUCUACCCACCGCAGCACCCAUCUCCGCCACAGGCUCCAGGAAAGCCUGGCAUGAGCAUGUCACCCAGGACCUACGCAAUCACCUUGUACACAAACUAGUGCAAGCCAUAUUUCCUACUCCUGACCCAGCAGCAUUGAAGGACAGACGAAUGGAGAACUUAGUUGCGUAUGCCAGAAAGGUGGAGGGGGACAUGUAUGAGUCUGCGAAUAGCCGGGAUGAGUACUAUCACUUCCUCGCUGAAAAAAUCUAUAAGAUUCAAAAGGAACUGGAGGAGAAGAGGCGCUCACGACUGCAGAAGCAGAUUAUCAAUCAGGCACCUAUGGCAACCCAGGGCAACCAGCAGCCUUGCCUCCCACAGCCCAACACCUUGGGCCCCAGGCCACAGAAUGGACCUGUUCCUCUGCCUAACAUCCCAAAUCAAAUCAUGAACCGCAUGCAGGUUUCACAAGGAAUCAACCAAUUUAAUCACAUGGCUCUUCCCAACGCCCAGAUGUCUCAAGCGACAAUGGGGGCUCGAGCUGCCUCUCCAAUGACCCACCCCCAACAAAUAAACAUGAGCUCUGUCCCAGCGGUGGGCAUGUCACCCUCCAGAAUGCCUCAAGCCCAGGGUAUGAUUGCUAGUCACAACAGUGGCAACAUGGUGGGACAAACAGCCAAUCAGGGACAGUUUAUGGCUCAGACUCAGUUCCCUCCAGGAUCUACUGCUGUCUCUGCAACAGGAGCUAUGAAUGUCACUUUGGCACCUGGUAUGGGUCAGCCACAAGCACAGGCUGCUGUGACCCAGCACCAACAGCAGCAGCAGCAGCAGCAGAGCGCUAACCUCCCCAUGAAUGCACUUGGCCCUUCGCUGGGCCCUCAACUAGUCUCCUCCCAAACCCCCUUGCUCUCAACUCCUCCGCCUGCUGCCUCCUCUGCCUCCACAGCUGGGGCUGGCACUAACCUGUCCCUCCCCCAGUCGUCCAGCCGUAGCGCCACUCCCACCCAGUCUGGUCUUACACCUACCCAAGGUGCCACCCCACCCUGCCCCACUCAACCCCAAACCCAACCCCUGGAACUCCCCUCAACAGCACAGACGCAGCCCCUGCCUCAACCCUUGCCUCAGCCCCCUACCACACCGUUGUCUCAACCAGGGCCCAAUCUGGACAACCGGGUGCCUACGCCGGCCUCGGCUGCUAGCGCUGACCUUCACUCACAGCAUGCCACAGCAGAUCUGCCUGUCAAGGAGGUCAAAGUUGAUGCACAUCAUGAACAACAGGAGUUUGAGGCCGCUGGCGGCAAAACUGAACCCAAGAUGGAGACUGAUGAAGACGCAAGUUCCUCAUUGGCAAAGAAGGAGGAGCCAGAGGUGAAGCAGGAGCCAAUGGAGGUCGAGGAGAAAAAGCUUGACCUGAAGGCAGAGUCCAAAGAAGAGGAAGUAGAGGGAACCAACAGAACGACCUCCUCAUCCCCCUCUCGGAAGAAAGUCUUUAAGCCAGAGGAGUUGCGCCAGGCUCUGAUGCCGACUUUGGAAUCGCUCUACAGACAGGAUUCAGAGUCACUGCCUUUCAGACAGCCAGUAGAUCCCAUGCUACUGUGUAUUCCGGACUACUUUGACAUUGUUAAAAACCCAAUAGAUCUAUCCACAAUAAAACGCAAACUGGACACAGGCCAAUACCAAGAUCCUUGGCAAUACGUUGAUGAUGUCUGGCUAAUGUUCAACAAUGCGUGGCUAUACAACCGCAAGACAUCCCGUGUGUACAAGUGCUGCUCCAAGCUGGCUGAGGUGUUCGAGGCGGAGAUAGACCCUGUCAUGCAAAGCCUGGGCUACUGCUGUGGGAGAAAGUAUGAAUUUUCCCCUCAAACACUGUGCUGCUAUGGGAAACAGCUAUGCACCAUUCCAACUGGAGGCACAUACUACAGUUAUCAGAACAGGUACCAUUUCUGUGAGAAGUGCUUCAAUGAGAUUCAGGGAGAGAGUGUGACAUUAGGAGAUGAUCCUGCACAGCCGCAGACGAUGAUAUCAAAAGACCAGUUUGAAAAAAAGAAGAAUGAUGUACUGGAGCCCGAGCCGUUUGUUGAAUGUAAAGAUUGUGGACGAAAAAUGCACCAGAUAUGCGUCUUGCACUACGAGGUCAUUUGGCCAUCAGGAUUCAUCUGUGGCAACUGCUUGAAGAAAAGUGGAAAAACUCGGAAGGACAACAAAUUCUCUGCAAAAAGGCUGCAGUCGACACGACUGGGAAUGUAUAUAGAGGAUCGCGUCAAUAAAUUUCUGAAGAGACAGAACCACCCAGAGGCUGGAGAGGUGUUUGUGCGGGUGGUUGCGAGCUCUGACAAAACAGUGGAGGUCAAACCAGGCAUGAAAGCCAGAUUUGUGGACACGGGUGAAAUGCCCGAGACCUUUCCUUACAGAACCAAAGCACUUUUCGCCUUUGAAGAGAUUGAUGGCGUUGACGUGUGCUUCUUUGGCAUGCAUGUGCAGGAGUACGGGUCUGAAUGCCCAUUUCCUAACACUAGACGAGUCUACAUAUCAUACCUUGACAGUAUUCACUUCUUCAAACCUCGACUUUUACGAACAGCAGUGUACCAUGAGAUCCUCAUUGGUUAUCUAGAAUAUGCCAAGAAACUUGGCUAUGCCCAAGGUCACAUCUGGGCAUGUCCACCAAGUGAGGGGGAUGACUACAUCUUCCACUGCCAUCCUCCCGAGCAGAAGAUUCCCAAACCUAAGCGGCUUCAGGACUGGUAUCGGAAAAUGCUAGACAAGGCUUUUGGAGAAAGGAUCCUGCAUGACUAUAAGGAUAUCUUCAAACAGGCAACCGAGGACCGUUUAACGAGCGCCAACGAGCUACCCUACUUUGAAGGGGAUUUCUGGCCUAAUGUGUUAGAAGAAAGCAUCAAGGAGCUGGAGCAGGAGGAAGAGGAGAGGAAGAAGGAGGAGAACACUGCUGCCUCUGAAACUCCUGAGGGUACUCCGAGUGACAGCAAAAAUGCUAAGAAGAAAAACAACAAGAAGACAAAUAAAAACAAGAGCAGCUUGAGCCGAGCCAAUAAGAAGAAGCCUGGAAUGCCAAAUGUAGCUAAUGAUCUGUCCCAGAAGCUCUAUGCCACCAUGGAGAAGCACAAAGAGGUCUUCUUUGUAAUCCACCUCCACUCUGGUCCAAUGAUCAACACCUUGCCUCCAAUCAUUGACCCUGACCCCUUGCUCUCUUGUGACCUGAUGGAUGGCCGUGAUGCUUUCCUGACUUUGGCCAGGGACAAACAUUGGGAGUUCAGCUCUCUUAGGAGGUGCAAGUGGAGCACGAUGUGCAUGCUGGUUGAGCUGCACAACCAGGGACAGGACCGCUUUGUCUAUACUUGCAAUGAGUGCAAGCACCAUGUUGAGACACGUUGGCACUGCACUGUUUGUGAGGACUUUGAUCUUUGCAUUAAUUGUUAUAACGCAAAGGGCCAUGAGCACCAGAUGGUGAAAUGGGGUCUCGGCCUGGAUGAUGACAACAACAGCCAAGGUGGAGAGGCCUCGAAGAGCCCACAGGAAAGUCGGCGUUUGAGCAUCCAACGCUGCAUCCAGUCUCUUGUCCAUGCUUGUCAGUGUCGCAAUGCCAACUGCUCUCUGCCGUCCUGCCAGAAGAUGAAGAGGGUAGUGCAGCACACAAAGUUCUGCAAACGGAAAACAAACGGUGGCUGUCCUGUAUGCAAGCAGCUUAUUGCUUUAUGCUGUUACCAUGCAAAAAACUGUCAAGAGAACAAGUGUCCUGUCCCGUUUUGCCUGAAUAUCAAGCACAAGCUUCGCCAGCAGCAGCUGCAACACAGGCUUCAGCAGGCUCAAUUGAUGAGGAGAAGAAUGGCUACCAUGCAAGGCAGAACCAUGCCGCUACCGUCUCCACCUGCAUCAACUGCUCCAAGUACUCCCACUUCCCAUGCCCAGCCUAGCACACCUCACACACCACAGCAGCCACUCUCCAAUCAGCCUCAGACCCCCAACUCGGCAGGUGUCAUGUCCCCUUCUUUCCCGAAUGCACCACGCAAUGGACAGCCUCAAUCAGCUGUGUCCCAGGGUAAGCCAGGCCCCCAUGCCUCACCUCUACACCAGCAGCAGUCUCCUAUUCCCCAGCCACCUCAGACACAACAAAUACAACAGCAGCCUCCCCUGGCUGCUGUCAAGAUGGCACGGCACAUCGAAUUGAUGGCACAGGCCCAGCAGAACCAGCAAAACUACCUGGUUAACAUGAACGGCUUGCCCAUGAAUCCCCAGCAGCCACAACAGCGUAUGACAGGACCAAUGCAACCACCCAUGCAGAUGGUACCGGGGCCUAGGGGACCACAGGUCAUGCAACCAAACAUGGCCCCAGGUCAGUGGCCUGCGGCUGCAGGGCCACUGCAGGCAGCACAGACUCCACAACCAGGCCUUGUACCAGGCCAGACCUCCCCACAGGCCAUGACCAUGCAGCGAGCCAUGAUGCCCCCAGGACAGCAACCUCAGGGUCAGAGAAUGCUCAUACCACAGCAGCCCAGUGCACGGCCACAGGUACCACAACGACCUGGUGCUAUAGCCCCUAAUGCCCUCCAUGAUCUUCUUCGUACUCUUAAGUCUCCUAGCUCGCCUCAGCAGCAACAGCAAGUCCUCAACAUCCUGAAAUCAAACCCUCAGCUCAUGGCUGCUUUCAUCAAACAACGAACAGCCAAGUAUCACGCCAACCAGCCACAGCAACAGCAAGCAGGUCAACAGCAGCAGCCUGGUUUGCCCACAAUGCAGGCCAUGGCCAUGCCAGGAGGUACUGUGCAAAGGCCAGGAAUGCCAUCGCAACAACCUCAGCAACCUCCCGCUCAGGGUAUGGCAGCGUUGGGGGCUCAAGGACAGCUGAUGAACCCAGCACAUAAUACCAACCCACAAAUUCAAGAGCUCUAUCACCGGCAACUCUUGAGACGACAGCAGCAGCAGCAACAACAACAACAGCAGCAGCAGCAGCAACAACAACAGCAGCAGCAGCAGCAGCAACAACAACAACAACAGCAACAACAACAACAACAACAACAACAACAACAGCAGCAGCAGCAACAACAGCAACAACAACAAGGGGUGAUGCCGCAGGGCCACCCUGGCCAGUUCCCCGCUCAGGCACAGGGUACAGCAGCUACAUACUCUCCUCUUCGCAUGCAGCAACAGCAGCAGAUGCAAGCCAUCCAAGCAGGCGCAGGAGCAGCUGGAGGGCCCAUGGGCCAGCUCCCACCCAUGGCACAGAUGGCACAACCAGGUAUGGGAAUGGACCCUGCUCAGAGCCUACUACAUCAACGAAUGCUUCAACAGCAACAGCAACAACUUCCUCAGCAGCAGACCAUCCUCAAGCAACAGCUGGGCUCUCCUGCCCAGCCCAGCCCCAUGAGCCCCCAAACCCACUUGCUUUCCGGGCAGGGUGGGCCGCAUCUCCCCGGCCAACCCGCACUAGCCAACAGUCUUAGCAACCAAGUCCGCUCCCCUGCACCAGUCCAAUCCCCCUGUCCACCCUCACAGCAACCGCCACAUUCCAGUCCCUCGCCGCAGAUUCAGAACCAGCCCCAGCCUUCACCGCAACACCCGCCCCCAUCUCAUUCAAGCUCUCCCCAUCCAGGACUUGGGGGCCCUCUAACGGGGUCCUUGGAACAGGCACACUUGGGGACACCAGAACAAAGCGCCAUGCUACCACAGCUUAAUCCUCCCAACAGAGGGGUACUAAAUAGUGACUUGAGCAUGGUGGGAGAUGCUACAGGAGACACACUAGAGAAGUUUGUGGAGGGAUUGUAGCAUUUCCGCUGGGAAAUGAAGAACCCUCCCCCAAAUCGUCAUAAUUUCCCUCAGACUCUUUAUCUAAGAGGGCUUUGUUUGUUCUUUCUACUAUUGAGAUUGUUUUUGUACCUGUUAUAAAAGCUGUUUUCAAAACAAAAAAGAGAAUUAAUUGGUAUAGGAAAAAUAAAAGUCCAACACCCCUUGGGAAUAUACUAUUCCUUAGUUAAGGAUUUUUUUUUCUUCCUGAAUAUAUUGAGGGAUUACGUCACAAAGAAUAUAUUUUUUGGUUGAGACCAAAUGUGUUCAAUACUCAAUUUAUUUUUGGUUGGUUCUUGGUAUGAUUUCAUGCCUUUCUCUUUUAUUUUUUUUAAAAGAAAAUGUACAAUUGCAUUAUAUUAUUCAUAUCUUUUGUACCAUUAGCGGAAAAAAAGUGUUUAAGUUUGUCUGGGAGCUGGGCCAGGUUUAUGUUCUAUAGUCAUAAGCUGUCAUUCCUGGCAUUUGUAGUCAUGUGUUGUAUCAUUACUCCAAGAUGAUGUGUUGAGGGACUGAGACCUCUGGUCCUCUCUGUGUGUAUGAAGGAGCACUCAGUUGUAUUAAAAUAGGAAAUGGACUGUGGCAGGUUGUUUACACAGACAUGUAUACAGGUGCACAUGAAGACACCAACGCAAACCUCACGCGCACUAAAAGAAUCACAGAUCCUACUGGUUUCACAAACUCCAAAAACUACAGUCUCCAUCUCAUUGCUUGGACAUUGGAAGCUCUGUUUUGCAGGUGUAGGAAAUUGUUGCUUUGAUAUUAAAAAAAAAAGAUUUGUCAUGAUUUUUGUCAUACAAAUGUUGUAAAGUGUAAAGAGAGUGUGAGAAGAGACCCGCCCCCUAAGCUGAGGUGGAAUGUUUAUCAACAGUGGUGCUGCAUCUGCAGUGAUGGCCCACCCUCAAAAUUAUACACUAAGGUGCAUUUGAAGAAUGGAGGCACGAUCAACGUUCACCUGGAGUCAUCAACCUGCAUUCCUCACAAAAAACUUGAAUGGCCAGGGGGCACUGCUUUUUCUCCUAUUGUAAAUUCAGUUAAGCAGAAUACUAUAAAUAUAAGGAAGAAUGAAAACACUGUACAAACUGGUAAAUGGCUCAUUUCUUACUUAUAUACCAUAUUGUUAAAUAAACUGCAACAGAAGAAUUACAGUACUCUGUUGACUAAAUCAUGAGAAAUCACCCCUAUUUUUAGUGAAUUUGUUUCUCUCAUUGCACUUGACACUCAGCAGCUAGGCAAGUUAAUAGUGGAUGAUAGAAAUACAUCGAUCAGCAUGCAUUUUGUAUACAAGUGAUUAUUUUCUGUUCAGCUACUUGACAGGAACUGGGUUGGAAAUGUUGAGAGC